AUGGAGCAGGACUUAGAAGUGUUUCAGGAACAAGCUGUCACUAAAGCUUCUUCAUGUGAAGCUGAACUUCAGGAAUUAGUGCAUCAAAUUGACAUCAUGGUAAACAGCAAGAAACUGGAAUGUGAAAGGAAGAUGAAAGCUUUAGAAGCAAAGAUGGAUAUCCAGGAUCAAGAAUUAGCAAGUGCCCAAAGCAAACUGGAUCAAAAAGGUCAAGAGGUGGGACUACUUCGACAGAAACUGGAAGACUUACAGAAAACUAAAUAUGAAAUGGCUCAGAAUUAUGAAACUCAGCUUCAAGCACUGAAAGCUCAGUUUUCAAAGUUGACACAUAGUUAUGAAAAGCUACAGUCACAUCAGUUAAAACAAAAAAAGGUUGAAAGUAGAGAAAAAUGUGAGGAAAGUCUAGAGACACCAUCUGAACUGAGCAAUUUAUACAAGAAAUCGGAGGAAUUUAAGGCAAAAUCAAGAGAAUGGGAUAAGAAGGGGACAAUCUGCCAAAAUGAUCUCAUUUAUUUAGAUGCUCAACAAAAAUUAUUGCCCGAGAAAUGUAAUUUUUUUCAGAUGCAGACCCAGAAUUAUCAAUUCCAUAUAAGCAAUAAGAAACAAAACCAAGAAGAGGUAAUUACCUAUGGCCAGUCUGAAAGUGAAAAGGAUGAGUUGAUUAUUGAAAAGCUAAAGGCAACUGUGAAUGAAAUAGCAAUAAACAAGAAUAAACUAGAAGAGGAAAAUCUGAAACUCCGGAAGGAUCUAAAAAUGUACCAAAACCACUGCCAG